AUGGGCCGGGACAAGUUGGAGAGGGACGACAUUGUCAAGGUCUCCACGGAGGAGCAGCGCCAGGAGAUCCUGAAGCUCUGCACAGAGUACGAGGAGUGGAUGUACGAGGCUGGGGCCGCCAAGAGCGAGUUCGAGACCAAGCUGAAGGCCUUGCAGGACCUCCUUGGCCCCAUGGAAGAGCGGGCCAUUGAGCUUGAGGCCAGGGCGGACAUUCCAGAGGCAGUGGAGGAGGAGAUUGCCGCCAUCAAGGACAUGAAGAAGCACAUUGCCAAGAACAUGUCCUGGGUCAGCUCCAACAAAACCGAUGCCGCAGCAGAGAAGCUCGCGGAGUUCGAAUCGUGGUGGGCCAAGAAGCAGGAGCAGCAGAAGACGCUGCCGCUUCAUGAAGCUCCGGCCUACACCAAGCAGGAGGUCAUGAGCGCCAUCUCCAAGGUGAAGAAGGAGUGGGACAAGCUGAAGAAGAUGAAGAAGCCCAAGGAGACGAAGCCCAAGAAGGAGUUUACGGUGCUGAUCAGCGUUCUUGUCUUCUUCUCGCAUUGGCACUCCUCGUCUCAGUGUGCGGACAAGCUUUAG